AGUAUGCUGCUUGCUUUGCAGCCGGGAACCAGCCUCCGAGUGUUUGAAGAUUGUUGUGAUGAGCUCGACGGCUCUAAGGCGCGCGAGGUACCCAUUCCUGUAGGCUUUGCGAUCGUUUUUCGCGGCGACCUCAUACACAACGGCAUGCUGUAUCUGACUGCCAACUAUCGCCUAAACUGCUACUUGACUUAUCCCGGGAUGCGCUGGGAGCGUGAAGACGUCACUAGCGUGCUGCCACGGACGUACGCCUGUAAGUUCUGGGGUUUGGAGACGCUCAAGCUUACUGAGAAGGACAUGCACCAGUUUUACUGUCCUGCAAACCUCAAGGGUUCGGAAAACAAGCCGAAGCGCAAGCGC